GGCGAAUGGCGUGUGAUUGCAGGCGGUGAGGGAGCGACAGGGCGGAGUGAGGGACCGCGGGAAACGCGGGAUUCAUUGCAGAAACACCGGGUCUGAGCUUUAUUUUCCGCAGUUAACAAAACUAAUGGUGUUGUAGGGAGGAAUGAGUGGGGCCAGUCCUUCUGUUUUAUUUCCGCGGGUUGUUUUGUGACUGGAAACAAAAGGAAGGGGAUCUCCGAGCGCUUUCUGUCUCAUCCUAACUUCGGUUCAGAAGAACGAGAGAGAGAGAGAGAGAGAGAGAGAGAGGGAUAUACUCCAUCCGUUGAAGACAGAAGUGAUGCUAGUGUGAGAGUGACAUCAUGUUUUCCUUCUUGAGGCUAUUUCUCAUCGUGAACGUCUUCACUGCUUUACACGCUGUAGAUGCUGUGAGCCCUUUAAACGCCUUGCCUGGUGCGUAUCAGGAUCUGCAGUGGAGAGCUCAGCUGGACUGUGUCCUGACUUCCAAUAGAAAUGCCAGUGAAGCCAGCGCUAGCUCCAGCGUGAGCUCCAAUCAGAGCCUCAGUCACGUCAACAGCCUUCACCAGUAUCAGUGCAACAUCCAGAACUCCACAGAUAUCAUGGAAGGUUCCAGUGUACCACAAGCUGUCUCUGAAAACAUCCAUUUGGACAUCUGUUGCUGGCUGGAAGACAAAGAUGCAAAAGUAAUUUGCUAUUUGACACUCCAAAGAGCAACAGCGACAAACACCAGUCAGCUGAUGAUCAGCUUGCAGCGAGUAGCACUGGAGUCGGACACACUGUCAGAUGAAACGAACAUCACGACUCCGGUGCAGUGUCCUGGUGAAGAUGAAAUCACAUGCGUCUUUGGCCUUCAUACCAGCGAUGUCUCCGUGUCCUUGUCUGUUCGUGGAUUUCUCAGUGGCCGUCCUUUACUGUCACCUGAAAUGUACAUCAGCACUGAUCUCCUGCGGAAGCCAGACGCACCAUUUGAUUUGCGUUAUAAUGUAACUACUGAGGGUGAGGUGAUGAUCACCUGGAAUGACUCACGAAAUAAUAAACACCCACUUAACUGUGAGCUCCACUACUCACCCAACACUUCUCUAACACACUGGGAGGUGCUUCAUGUCCAGCAUCCGUGGGUGUCUUUGAGUGAGCUCACUUCUGGAGUCAGAUAUACAGUUCAGGUGCGCUGCAAGAGCCUCCAUCAUCAUCGCUACUGGAGCGAAUGGAGUGACUGGAGCCAGCCGUUCUACCUCACACUUGAUGUGAGCUACAUCCCUACUGAAGUGUUCACCAGACCUGGCGCAGAAGUAACAGUGUACGGUGUGUUUCACAACCACAGCUGGACUGCCAGUAAGGCUGUGUGGAUGCUGAAUGGACAGAUGCUUCCAGAAAGCCAAUACCAAAUGAUCAACAAAAGGGUCAGCGCAGUCACUGUCAGGUCCAAAGAGCCUGGCUUUGAUACCCUGAUGUGCUGUUACCCGUGGGGGCAGAGAUAUAAGUGCAGCAUUGCCUACACCAAGCUCUAUGUAGAAGGAUUCUUUGAUGCAAAUAUAACCUGUCAAACCGAUCAGCGUUCGAGAGUCGAUUCAAUGACCUGUAAAUGGAAUAAGAGUGCGUGGGCUGUGAUACGCUUCCGAUACAGACGUUACAGGCGAAUGUGUGAGGAGAUACCACAUGAGGAUGAUACCACGGUACAAACACAUGGAGAAACCAUGGCUGGGGUAGAGGAGUGCCCAGAUGGAGCUGGAGAUUACCGUGAAUGCACCCUGCGAAACCUAAGCCUGUUCUCCUGUUAUAAGCUGUGGUUAGUGGUGGAGGGUGGAUAUAACAAAGUGAGGUCACUUCCUGUUUUUGUCUCACCUAUAGACUAUGUGAAACCGUCUCCACCCUCAGACCUGGAAGCAGUCACUUUACCCAACAAAACACUAAGCGUAAGCUGGAAGCGUCCUCACCUGCCUGCGUAUGAUCUAAAAUAUGAGCUACGCUAUGUACCUAUGCGUUGGAUGGCAGAUUUACAGUGGAAGGUGUUUGGCCCUGUCUCUGAGACAUGGGCCACAAUUCUGUUGCAGGACUCAUGCAUACAGUACAAGGUUGAGGUGCGCUGCCGAAGACAUAAGAGCUUGGGUUACUGGAGUGACUGGAGCAAAGCUCUUGCUUCAUCAGUUUAUAGUAUUAAAGCACCAGAGACGGGGCCAGACUUCUGGCGAAUUAUACAAGAGACUCCUUCGGGUGACACUAAUGUAACUCUGCUCUUUAAGCCCCUUCCAGAAGAGGAAGCAGUCAGCUGUGUGCAGGGACUGGUAGUCGUGCACCAGACUUCAGGGGGCAUCGUGUGGUCAGAUGACAUAGCCCCGAGCUCAUUUUACACAUUCCAGUGGAGAGAGGAAGUCCAUAACAUCACGGUCAUGUCUCGUAAUUCUUUAGGCGUCUCAGCCAAGAAUAGUAACAUGACUCUGGUGCGUCAAUCUAAACGACAGUGUGUGCGUUGGUUCCAUGUAACAGCCAAUGCAUCGUGUGUGUUUCUUUCCUGGAGCCUGGUGUGUGAGCAGCCAUUGCUCCUUUCCUUUGUCCUUGAGUGGCUGGAGCUGAGUGGUGAUUCCAGCCAGGGCUGGACUUCAGCUGGAAGAAUCGAGUGGCUCAGAGUCGCCUCAACCGCCAGGGAUCUUCAGCUGUGCCGGCCUUUUUAUGGCACAGAGGAGUUUAAACUGUACCCUGUGUUUGUGGAUGGUGAAGGGGAGCCAGCGAGAUGCACAGCUGUGCGAAGCGACCCUGCAGCCUACAUGCUUCUCAUGAUCAUCGCCUUCCUCUUUGUCGUCCUGUUUGUCACGUUGAUCAUCUCUCAAAACCAAUUGAAGAAGCUCAUGUGGAAGGAUGUCCCAAAUCCCAACAAGUGCUCUUGGGCCAAGGGGAUAGAUUUCAAAAAGCUUGUAAUGUGACAAAACAGGACAAACACCAAGGGGGAUGGAUACUUUUGCAAGGUACUGUAUAUGUGGCUACAUGGGAAAACACUUCACUUUGACAAAUUUUGAUAUUUUCUCUUAUAUAUAUAGUUCUGGAAACUACAGGCUUCCCUGAGUGUAAUUUUUUUUGCAUGGAUCUUAACAAGUUGUAUCAUUUUCAAUGAAUACUCCCAAAAGUGAAAAGGGAGAAAGUUGCAUUUAAAAACUCCAGUCCAGUCAUAAACAGGUUUACGUUUGUUACACUAUGGCACAUUGCUAUCCGAAAACUUGAUCAAAUCUUUAAAAAAAGCAUAUAUCAAUGUUUUGGAUGUAUUUAGGCAGACCGACUGCACUUACAGCUGCAUUUUAAAGCUGGUUCUUUAUCCAGCGUGGUGAUCUUUGCAGGCAGAUAGCCAAGGCAAGGUUAUGGGUGGUUCUCCACUAUAGUUGCAAAUUGGGAUAUGGACCUUGAGCAAACUGAUAAGUUCAUAAGGCAGAAUUCUGGUAGCCAAUUUUGGAGUUUUAUCAAAGUAUUUUCUUAUUGCUCGAUAUGGUAAAAUUCAAGGUCAAAGUUCAAGGUCAUUUCAAGGUUAAGGUUGCCCUGGUCUCUGUCAGUACACAAACAGGUCUCUGAAAUGCCUAAUAAAUCCAUAAUCUCUGACCAAACUCAAAAUGUAAUUGACCCCAAUUACAAAUCUGGGCCUUAUUAUAAAUAAUUCUAUUUGAAAAUGUAUAUUUAUCACAGAACAAUAAAUAUAUGUAUUAAAAGGGUGCAGCGUUUGUGUACUGACAGCAUGUUUGUGUACUGACGUUCAAAAAUAAGACAACGAAGUUGAUUAUUUGAGCAGAACAGUAAUAGAUUUAAUUUUUGAACCUCAAAAAUGGCAACAACAUUAACCAUGUGUUAACAAAAUUAGGAACAAAACAUAUAAGAACCUAAGGCAACAUUUCAUGACACCAAUUAUCAAAAAAAAAGUCAAAGUCCUUCCCACGCCUUACAGUACCUGGUAUUCCUAGGCAGUCUCCCACUCAAGUACUAACCAGGCCCAACCUGUAUGUGGCGCAUCGGGCGGCGCCGAUCUCCGUUUCCAUAGCCCUCGGCCUCUCGCCUAUUACAUAGCUAGGGUUACAGUGGGGGGCUAGUCCUCUGGUAACCACGAGAGUUUAACUCCCCAUGCACAUCUGUAUUGCAGCGUGCCUUGCCAGAUGGCGGUAGGUACCAUUUUUAUGAUGGUCUUUGGUAUGACCCAACCGUGAAUAGAACUCACGAUCUCCCGAUCGAGAGGCGGACACGCUACCGCUAGGCCACUAGUCGGUGACACCAAUUAUAAAGUAGCCUAAUUAGCAUUUCCUCACUUUUCUAAAUUUGCCCGUGCUUUUGACAUUUUAGUCAAUCCAAACAAUGUCCAAAUUCAUGACUACACCAGGCGCUGGAUAAAUGUCCCAAUCACUACACCAAACCUGGGUGAUUUUUUACGAGUUGGGUCCAUGUAGAUGUAGGAAUCAUCAUGUGCCUAGAGUUCUUGGAAUUUCUGGUGACGGGGACACUCUCAGAAAUUGACUAGGCCUAAUCAGAAAACCUUUAAAGAUAUCCUGGUAGGAUACAUGUACUAGGUAUAGGCCUAUAUACUAGUAGGUUGACAAAAGGGAUUGAGAGACAUCAAACUGUCAUCCUAUCAAAUUGGUCAAUACACUAACACAAUAGUCAGUACACAAACAGACCCCGGUGUUAGUGUAUGGACUGUUAAGGCCUCUGUAUGCUCGUGCGACAAGGCUUUCGCAGAUAGCUUUUCGCAGGCAGUUGUAAUUUAUUGUUGAGCGGGGAUAAUAGGCGUGCGCGAUGUUAUUCACCGGCACAACGCAAGGGGGCGUGAAGUCACUAGGAGUAGUUGGUGGGUGUGGUUAGUGGAAUGUUUAUCCUCCGGUUACUUAUAAUGACUAGAACUUUUUUUUUUUUUAAUAAUGACUAGAACUGGAGUUGUAUAGAUGUCCGUACUUUCUCAAUCAACCGCUCUUCGUGCUGCUCCAUCUUCGCUCGUGUUUUUAAAAAUGCCGGUCGUGAAAACAAACCAAACCGGGAAAGUAGGGAAGUGGAAGUGCGUGUACAGCGGAUGUAGAGUGGACCAAUCAGAGCCCUCUUGUCUGCGGCGCUGUCUGCGAGGCUUCUGCGGUGGUCACACUUUUCUUUGGGAGGUGCGCGCAGAGCGUCUGCGAAGGUGGGGGGGCUACGCAGACACCGUCUGCGGCGCCGUCUGCGAGGACUGGGUUGUCAGCAUAAAUUGGCCUUUAGUGUAUGGACAAAUAGUUCAUCAUCUGGUCACCAGGGUGCAGAUGUGUAUAUGAUGCCUGUGCAUUGUAGUCUAGUUGAAAGGUCUUCUAACUCACAUUCAUGGCACAAACAUGUUUUCAUGACAAAGCUGGGCCUACAUCAUUCUAGAAGUGUUAGUGUAUUGACUGCUAUUAUAAAUUCUGUUAAAAAUUGCCAUACAAACCUGAACAAUGCUGGAAAACUACCACAAUAUGAAAUUCAAUGUUUCCCUCCCUUGAACUUGUGGGAUUCCCACAAUGCACUGCAGUCAUCUCAUUAGAAUAGUUCUGUCCGUUUUCCCCAGGUGUCUCUAGUUAGUACUGUUAGUGUACUAACUUAAUUACUUGGGACACCAAAAAUCAAUUUCUUGGCGGGAAAAUUUCUGACUAGUAUUGGAAAUAUUUUCAAAAUGUGCUUUUCUUCAUGCUGCAUGGACAAUAUUGAUCAUAUUUAAAUGGGUGACACAAAAUAAUAACACCAAUAAAUAUUUUUCAGCAAGGGUUUAUUUUCCUUCUGGGAUGUAUGAGACACGCAUUUUGGACCCCCUUGGGUACUUCCAAUGAAAAAUUCUACCAACACUAUUAUAUUUGAGUGGAUAAAAUUUAAUAUCAAUUAAUUUUUAUAAUCAAUAGGAAGGCAUAUGAACACAGACACCCUGAUUUUAUUUAAAGGCCUGGUCUCAGAAUACUUGUUAAGUGAGGUGACACCAAUUUGCAACUGUAGUGGAGAACCACCCUUAUAAAGGAAAUAAAAACAUCAUUUUGGUGAAACAUAUUGAUGGUUUCUUAAAGUGGAUUAGUAUAGCAGAUAAGUAUGUUUCUGACAAAAUCCAAGACUUUGCCAUGUGACAGGUUUUCCCAUAUCACCACACACAUACAGCAACAGGAAAAAGAAAGGACGUUAGUUUCUCAGGCAUCAAGAAUACAAGACACCGUUGUGGUUUAAUGGAAGACUGUAUUUAAGGUGCUUUUGUCAAAGCAAGUGCAGUCGGUGCCGUUUAAGUCUGUUCAAGAUUUAAGCUGUGUGACUGACUCAGUUGAAAGUGUAACAAUGUGACAAAUGAUGUGUUUUAUUCUAUCCACAUUCACUGGAUAUGAGUAAUUGCAUGCUCUAAUUGGCUGCUCUACUACUAGGAUAUCAGUUCAUAUACCGUGAGUGGAGAAAAACAAAAUGUUGGAGCGCAUCAAGUCAGAUACAUCACUGCAUCAGGUAUUUCAAAGAACCAGAAAUAGCUAAAAUAAUAUAGUUUUGUUCCCCCCAGUAGCUCCUGUUCCACACUCCAGCCCAGUCGGUGGUGGUAAUGCACCUUUAAGUUGGUUUGCUAACUGAAAAAAAAAAAAACCUAAAGAAGAAGAAAAUGGCGGCGCGUGUUGCUGAACCAACUGAGGACGAAAUAAACACUCUACUCGAAAACAACCCCUCCCCCCCAAAAAAAGCAACAAAAAUAUAGAAUAAAAGUAUUUGAUAGUAAGAAUGUAUCUUUUUUUUUUUUUAAGAAUUAUUAUUAUUGCAUUUUUCACAAAUUGCUACUAUCAUUUCGCCAGUUUGUUUACAUUCUGGGUGGAAAUGAUUUUGUCGGACGUUUUGUAUAAAGUUUUUAUUUAUCGAAUUUGCAAAAAAUGUAAAUAAAACUGCUGUUUCUCAAAAUCCAGUGAAUGUGGAGAGAAUAAAACAGUUAUUCCACUCAAUCUUGUCGUACGUGGCUUAUAGCCGACUCGGGGCUACGCACCUCGUUAGCUAUCAGUUCAUAUACGACUUGAUUUUGUGGAAUAACUGAUAAAUAUUUCAUUGACAUUUGAUUGUGCAUUUGUAUAUUUUGUCAUCUGUGUUUACGUUCUUUGAAAUCUCAAGCAUCAAAUGUGAACUUUUCUGUCCGUUUUCAGUGUUUUGGGUUUUUUUGUAUCAAAACCAGUGUAUGAUGACCACUGUAUGUCAAAGACAGUGAUGGAAUUUAUGAAAUUGUUAAUGUUUCUAAAGAAUGUGUGUACAGUAUAUAUUUGAUGUCUAUUUUUCU